AUGACCCCGCAUCAUGUCGGACCGCGUCUCGAUCGCAACUCAUUGUCCCUCUCGGACGACGAGCAUGGAUCAACCUUUCAAAUGCGGAGUUAUGGUGGCCCAGGCAGCAGGAUGGGCCGCGUGCUAAGAGACCUAGAUGUAGACGAGGAUGUCGACCAAGAUGAGGACGCAGGUCUACUGAGCCGCUCAACAAGAGCCCGACGAUGCAGCGUACAGAGCUUCAUGUUGUAUAAACCUGAUGAAGAGAGAGCUGUAAAAAGGAAACUAGACCGCAGAGUCGUAGGAUUGAUGUUUCUCCUCUACCUACUAAGCUUCGUAGAUCGAAGCAACAUCGGUAAUGCGAAGAUCGCCGGACUAGCACGGGACCUAAACUUAGGCAAGGGACAAUAUGAAUGGUUGCUGACAUAG